AUGCCGCUCGGAUUCUCAUCAAAGCCCCAGUUAAUUGUUGCGGGAUCAGGGGCUGCUGAAGAGCUGGCUGCUACAGUGGAACUGGAUGUCGUGGAGAUAUCGGGAGCCUGGGUAGUACUAGCAGUGGUCGAGAUGAUGGGGGUUUCUGAGCUUGACGUUGUAGAGGGCUCUGGUGUUGCCGAGGAGCUUGGUGUCUCUAAGAAGACUGACGAGAUAGGAGUCUCCGAGAAGACUGGUAUGGUCGAUGACUCUUGUGCGGUAGAGGAGAUAGGAGUCUCCGAGCUCGGUGUUGUAGAAGGUUGUUGGGUCGCAGAGGAGCUCGGUGACUCCGAAGACUCUGGUGUUGUGGACGAGUCCGGUGCCACAGAGGAGCUGGGAGUUUGCGAGGAGCUUGGAGUCGUGGAAGACUCAACUAUAAUCGAUGAUUCCGAUGGAGUAGAGAAUGCUGGCGUUGUCGAGAAACCGGGGGUUGUGAACGAGUCGGUAUACACAGAGGAGCUUGGUGUUGUUGGUGUCUCAAGAUCUAGCGAGGAGCUGGGUGUUGCGGAGGAUUCUGGCGUGGGCGUGACAAGCGAGGAUGGAGGUCUGGGUUUGCAUCUUUUUUUCGCCUCCCCUGGUGUGAGGAUGCUCAAUACACCUAGCAACUGGAGAAACGCGCGUGAAUGCAUAAUGAACUGCGGUUGCUGGCUGCAAAGGAGUGACUUUGGAGAUGGAAAUGAAUGA